AUGAAACGCGCCAAGAUGAAGGCGAAACGAAGAAGAUUUUCGUUGAUCUCUGCUCCCCGGUCGCCCUUCCGCGGCGUCCCAUUUUGGCUGUAUAGCCUUGGCAUGAUUUUUGCAUCCCGUUUCCUCCGUGUAUUUGCAAGUUCCAGUUCUCAGAGUGCCUGGCCAUCUUCCCCCUCUGGAGACCCCACUGGACCUUAUCUUUCCACUCCUCCCACUUCUCUCUCUCCUUCCCUCUCUCCUUCUUCUGCCUCUUCUCUUUAUUCUCUCUCUCCUUCUUCCUCUUCUCUUUCUUCUCUCUCUCCUCCUCUCUCUCCUUCUCUCUCUCCUUCUCCCUCUUCUCCCUCUUCUCCCUCUUCUCUCUCUUCUCUCUCUGCUUUCUCGACCUUCUCCAUAUUGUCCCCGGUAAACCAUCAAGUGAACGGCGAAGACGAGGAGCAGCGGUGGUCGGAAGAAGGCGCGAGAAUCGCGUUGUCGGUCUUGGCUAGCCAGGGUGAGGCGCGGCCGCUGUCUGUCUCCUCCCGCUCCCUCUCCGCCUUGACAGAAGAGCCGGGCGCGGAGGGAGACGCCCGUUCGGCAGGGCUGCUGCGGCGUGGGAGUACGGAGAGAGACGAGCCGUCUCCAAGAAGCGAUCGCUUUCUUCCUACCCUCGGCUCGGACAUUUCAGUUGCGGAUCUGGAAACUCGCGCCCUGCUGUUCAGUCACGAAGAGGGCCAAGCUGAAGAAACUGCACUGCUCUCGACGCGUCUCUAUGCAGCAGGUAGCAUCUUCGUUUGCGCGUUAGCUGGGGCGGUUCCGCCGCUUCUCUUCCUCCAAAAAGAACAGGAACAGAGACUCCAGGGGCGCCUUCGCCCCGCACCCCCCGGAGUUAGCUCCGAAGGGAUCACUCCUCUCACGGCGAAGUACAUUCGCCUCGUCAUGUCGUUCACGGGCGGUGUGCUCCUCUCCGUGGGACUGCUUCAUCUUCUUCCCUCUGCACAGCGGCAAAUCGCCGUCGAACUCGCGCGACAGAAACUGCGGGAAGACCACAAGACGGCAACAGCCUCCUCCCGUGACUUGGGCUCCGGAUCCUUUCCAGGGAAAUCUGGCGAAGCAGAAACGGAGAGAAGAAAGGCCGAACUUGGAGACGGUGGGAGUCGCGGCGAGACACAGGACCGCGAACGCGACGUGGCAGACGAAGGCGAGAGAGGAGAGCCGCGCGGCGCGCAGUCAAGAGGAGAGGACGCAGAGAGCAGGAGAAAAAGAGGGGCGAGCGGCGACGCAGGGACUACGGCCUCGGUUUCGAUCGAAUCUCACAAAACGUUUCCCUACGCCUCGGUCUGUUGUCUUGUUGGAGUCCUCCUGGUUAUGGUGCUUGAGGCGCUAGCGGAAGCGGAACACACUCACGAGGUCCACAGUCACAUCCACACGCAUGAGCAUGUGCGUACACAUCUCCACACAGAGAAGGAAGAGGUUGAGGCCGAGGCGGGGAGCGCGCGAGGCGCCUACGUGCCGCCGGCUUUAGGCGCAGCGCCUGCAUUCAGCGGAGUGCGCCAGGGGAGACACGGCGAUGAGCUGAAGCACGCAGCGCUUGAAGCAGCAGGAAGUGGUUUCGGUCCGAAGGAGGCGGGAGGAGGAGCAGAGGCAGAGCGGAGAGAGGGCGGGAGCGAGGAGCGCAGCUGGGUAAAAGCUUGCAAAACCAAAGCAGGAGACGGACGAGAAGGGUUCUGUUCGCUCUCGUCCUACGCGUCUUCGUGUUCCGCCUCGUGGCACCAUUCUCUCUCUUCUGCGUCGCUUUGUUCGUCUUGCUUGUUGCCCGAAGCCGGCAAGGAGGACAGCGAGACUCUCGCCCAUCCGCCCCCUGCAGCGGAUCGGGCAACCGCCCUGUGCGUGGUCUCGCCGUCCCCCGCUUCUGCGCCUCCUUUCGCUGUCUCUCGCGCCGCGCCGUUCCACUCCUUCCCCAGCUCUUGCGCCGCCUCGCUGCGCGGUGUCGCCUCGACAGGCUGUUCGUUCCGGAACUUGUUUCGACGCUCAAAUAGCUGCAAAGAGGGAACGGGAAACAUGGCAGGAAAGCCGCCUCAGGUGUGCCCGUACAGGUCGACGCUGAGCGCCCGGAGUCUGUACACCGCAGGAUGUGCAGUGACAGCUGCGGCAGAGCUCAGCUGCGCCGCAGCGGCCCCCUGUUGGUGCGAGGACGGCGAGAGCGAGGACGAGCGGGCCGCGUAUCCGUGCUCUCAGCGCGUCAUCCCUGAGGCCGAGAAAGGUUUUGUUCCCGCGCCGAAACGUGGAACCCUCGGCGGAUCCGCCGGCUCACGGCGCUUCAUGGCAUGCAGUUGCGAAGGCGGCAGGCAACACAGUCCCAGCAGCGACAGGGCCCGCGGGGAGAGCGAGAUCGGCGAACGACGGCGUUGCGAGAUGGCCCUAGGUCAGGAAGGGGAAGGAAGAGGACGAAUGGAAGGAAUGCGCGGGCCGCGUAUUCGAAGUGCUUCCUGCUGCUCGCAGGCGUGUCCCUUCGCCGGAACGUCGUGUUGUGUCGGUCGACUGCCGCCGACACCGCACAGACCCAGGCCGCUCUCGCCCUCAAAAGGUCGAGUCGUUAAGAGUGCAGGCGAGGUUGUCGACGUUGACAGCGGAAGCAGCGUUUCAGGGAGGCAAAGAAAGCUCGAAGAGGGAGAGAGACGACGCGAGAGCGUCGACGAGCACUCGGCGUCGUUUUGCUCUAUCGUGGGAGAGGACAGCGGAGACCGCAAACACCGACCCGGCGAUAUCUUCAUUUCACAGGGGAGUUUCACAAGACACCCGGGCCACAGGGGAGGGACUGCGAUCGGCUACAGUCGAUCUGCGGAUCAUCUUGCGUCGAACGUUGAGUCGGGAAAUCGUUUCUGCUCUCCAGAAAUGCACGCAGAUUCGAUGCCCAAAAGCAAGUGCUGCAAGACGUCGGCCGAGCAAGACGAAGGGAAACCUAGUCGCGAGUGUGGCCACAGAGGGCCUUCGCUUCUGGCCGCAGCCACCAGCCUCUCGCGUUUCGCCUCGCGUGAACGGGGCGUGUGGAAACCGACCCAGAGUCGGCGUCGGCGCCUUCCAAACUCGGCCUGCCGAGGACGGUCAGGCUCGCCUGCGUCUCUGUCUUCACCGCUGCUGGCCCACGCGACGCCGCGCUUCCCUUCGUCGCAAUCGUCCCACUGCGACUGCGGGCCGCUGUCGCCGCGCUCCGACGUGUGUAUGUACACCUCACCAGGCUUUGAAGAGAGCGUGAGGCGCUACACACAUCGCUGGAAUGCCGCCGAAGUGGCUCAGCGACACGGUUGCCCGCCGCUGUAUUUCUCCUCGUGCUCCGAGGAAGCCGGCGCAGUGUGCCUUCUGGGGCCGGACCGUACUGACGAGGCGGGACUGACGGACCCAGAGUACUUGGACAGAGCCAACAAGAGGCGGAGUCGCAUGCGCAGCAGGUGUAUCUACACCGUGAGGAACAGAUGCCGGAAGCUGUGCAACCGGAGACACCGCGUCGCCAGCAGUUGUGGACGGUGUAGCUCGGGGAAUGAGGGAAGCCGUCUGCUGCCGCCUUACGGCAGUAGCAGCACAAGCGCGACGCUAGCUGACGAACUGCGCCAUGAGGGCGAUAAGGCAGGAGCGAAGGAGCUUCUCGUCUCGGGCGUCCUCAUGCUCGCUCUUUCCUUCCACUCUCUCAUGGAAGGCGUCACCCUAGGCACGGCGCCCCGCCCUCAACUCGUUGCCUUUGCUGUGCUCGUGCACAAGGGGCUCGAGAGCUUUGCUCUCGGAUCAUCUCUCAUGCAAGCACAGACUCACCUGAAGACGUUCGUAUGGCAGAUGCUGGCGUUCGCCUCGAUGACGCCCGUCGGAGUGAUCGUCGGCAUUGCUAUCACUUGGUUGACUGGCGACGGUCGAGGGCGCUCUGCGCCUGGGUCGGCAUCCUCCGAGGCAUUGGGCAUGUUUUCCCCGAGGUUCUUCUCCUUUUUUCUUCCUCUUCUCCCGGGUUUGCUCACCGGCGUCGGCUCUGGAACCUUCUUGCACGUCUCUCUUCUCGAGUGCAUUGCGCCGCAGCUCAUGAGGUGCCGGGCCGAAGGAAAAGCCUCUCUUCUAUCCGUCAUUGCAGCUGUGUGCCUUGGCGCGGGGGUCAUGGUUAUUCUCGCCUAG